AAUCAAGCUGAUUAAAAAUUCCUGCGCGCACAGCCGGAAAUCGCACCAUCCUCUGUUUUCUUUGCACUUUUUACUUUAUUUUAGGUUCUACACUCCGCCAGGACAUCGGCUGUCGCGAGUGGCUGCCUUCAACACUCGACAUGCGGGUUAAAUCGUCUUGUUUUAGGGGUAUUUUCUUUUGAAAUGAGGAGGAGAAAGGGAAAGCACAGGCAGCACCAGCAAGGGGAGUGAUGAGUCAAUACAACUCAUAAUUUAAUGGGGACACAGAAGGGGAAAGCGAGAAAGAAAGAAGAGCUCCCGUCCGGACGCAAAUCAAACCAACAGAAAGAACACAUAUCGCAAGCAGCUGUUAUGCAUCCAUAGCAAGCCUUAACUCGACAUUGGAAAGUAAAUCGCACUUUUUAACAUGGGUGUGCAUAUCGUUGCGCCAUCGUCUCUACAUGAGAUAGCAGAUCAUUGUCGAUAAAAAAAAUUCUAGAGAAGCCGAAUUGAUUGAAUACACGUUAUUUUUGUAUGCGUUUAUACAUCAGGAUUGUUCGCGACUGGUAGAAAUAACAGAUUUCAUCACAGCUUAACACUAUCCGAUGUUCUAUUCACGACUGACUGAUAAUCGUGGUGGAUACGUUGUGUUAACUCGUUGCACUUGUAACCGAUGGACUAUGCUCGAGACAGUUAUCCAGUUUAUUGUAUCAGGUGUUAUUUUCCUCCGCUACUUCUAAUAAGACGUAAGAAUUACUAUUUUUCCAGUGAACAAAUAAUUCGAUUUAUUUAGGCUAUACUGUACAGACUUAAUUCACUACCAAUGUUAUCGUAUCCCAGUCUGUCUCGACGUCUUCUUUUAUAUAGAUGUGGGUUGCUCUUUUGUAUAUCAACCUUUCAUCUCUCAAAAGAAGAACACAUUUCUGUAGAGGACCUAUCAUUUAAACCUAGAAAGCAUCAGACAUUGAAGUUUUCUUUCCCUUGACAAAACUUGAAGAAGGCAUCGUUCACCAAGACUGCAUUAUAUGCUUUCGAGUUUUGAAGUGCUGAGUUUCAGUCGGUGGCUGUGUAUGCUGUCGGCAGGUAGCCUAGUGGUUGGAGUGUUGGGCCAGUAACCAAAAGGUUGCUUUAUCGAAUCCCCAAGCUGACAAAGUAAAAAUCUGUCAUUCUGCCCCUGAACAAGGCAGUUAACCCACUGUUCCCCGGUGAUAGUGAGCAGAGGUGCUGAGAAUGAUGGACCAUCUCAGCGAGGCGUGCCUGGGGAAGGAGAACUGUGACCUGGUCAACAGCAUGGGUGACCGCGACUCCAAGGCCCCCCCAGCCAAGCUGGCCCGGCUGGAACAGAACGGCAGCCCCCUGGGCAGGGCCCGCUUGGGCAGCACGGGGGCCAAGCUGGCCGGGGUACCCUACAAACCCUCGGGACACCUCCUCAAGAACUGCCACAAGAGGGGCAACAUGCUCCCUGUGUUCUGCGUGGUGGAGCAUUACGAGAGCCCCAUCGAGUUUGACAGCAAGGAGGAGCACGCCGAGUUUGUGCUGGUCAGGAAAGACAUGCUGUUCAACCAGCUCAUCGAGAUGGCCCUUCUGUCACUGGGCUACUCGCACAGCUCGGCGGCACAGGCGAAAGGUCUCAUUCAGGUGGGCAAGUGGAACCCGGUCCCACUGUCCUACGUGACGGACGCCCCGGACGCCACCGUGGCAGACAUGCUGCAGGACGUGUACCAUGUGGUCACGCUGAAAAUUCAGCUGCACAGUUGUCCUAAACUGGAGGACCUGCCGCCAGAGCAGUGGACCCACUCUACAGUAAGAAAUGCCCUCAAGGAGUUACUCAAAGACAUGAACCAGAGCUCUCUGGCAAAAGAAUGUCCCUUAUCACAGAGUAUGAUCUCCUCCAUUGUGAACAGCACUUACUAUGCAAAUGUGUCGGCGGCGAAGUGUCAGGAAUUUGGGCGCUGGUAUAAACAUUUCAAGAAGACAAAAGAUAUGAUGGGCAUGCGCCAACCCUCGCAGCUGGAGGGCUACCUGGGGACGUGUGUCCUCCACGACAGCCCUCGUGCCAACACACUAGCAGACAUGGAUGGCCUGUCCGAUCACUCUCCUCCGGGCCUCAACCACAACCACAACCAUCUGACCUUCUCCCAACAGCCCAUCCCAGGCAACACGGCCGAGCAGCCCCCCUCCUCCCCGGUUCCACCCCUGCCCCCUCCGUCCCAUGGUGGGGGCCAGAACCCUGGCCGCCCGGCUCAGCUCCCCCCCGGCCUGCACCACCCGGGCCUGGUGUCCACCCCCAUUAGCCCCCAGCUGGUGAACCAGCAGCUGGUCAUGGCCCAGAUUCUCAACCAGCAGUAUGCCGUCAACCGGCUCCUGGCACAGCAAUCGCUGUCGCAGCAGUAUCUCAACCACCCGCCGGUCAACCGAAAUGCCCUGACCAAGCCCCUGGAGCCCCAGGUAGCCAGCAACACUGAGGUGUCCAUGGAGAUAUACCAGUGGGUGAGGGAUGAGCUGAAGAGGGCCGGCAUCUCCCAAGCCGUGUUCGCCCGCGUGGCUUUCAACAGGACCCAGGGCCUGUUGUCUGAGAUCCUGCGUAAAGAGGAGGAUCCCAAGACGGCCAGCCAGUCUCUGCUGGUCAACCUGCGGGCCAUGCAGAACUUCCUGCAGCUGCCCGAGGCUGAGCGAGACCGUAUUUACCAGGACGAGAGGGAAAGGAGCCUGACGGCUGCCUCGGCCAUGGGACCUGCGCCACUCAUCAGCACCCCGCCCACCCGGCCAGUGCAGGUAUGGAACGAACAGCAGCCCAGGAGAGAAGACUGUAACAACGUCAGACCUGAGGACUGGAACCCCAGAAUCCCUGUGGGCAUCUCUCCUAUCCCCGAAUCCAGAAAACCCGGCAGCAUCACCUUGUUUUCCAACCCUUUUGCUGACACCCCUUACCCUGCCCAGGUGAAGGCCUCUCCACUCCCCAGCGAGUGGAACGGCAAGACGGAGAGCUGCAUCCUCAACAUCAACUCCUCCAUCUAUGACGAGAUCCAGCAGGAGAUGAAGAGGGCCAAGGUUUCCCAGGCUCUGUUUGCCAAGGUGGCCGCCUCCAAGAGUCAGGGCUGGCUAUGUGAGCUUCUGCGUUGGAAGGAGGACCCCAGCCCAGAGAACCGUACGCUGUGGGAGAACCUGUCCAUGAUUCGCCGCUUCUUGAGCUUGGCCCAGGCGGAGCGUGACGCCAUCUACGAACAGGAGAGCACGGCCGGCCAGCAGCAGCACCACGCCGACCGACCCCCGCACAUGAUGCACAUGUCCACUGACCCCAUGCAGAACCCAAAUCUGAUGUAUAUGUCCCACACAGAUCCACUACAGUCUCAGACCCAUCAACAGCCCCAGCAACAGCAGCAGCACCAGCCCCCCAUGUCCCUCCAGCACCCUUCCCAGCCUCCACUGUCCCAGCAGCCCAUGCAACAGCAGCAGCAGCAACCACCCAUGGGCCCCCGGCUUCCCCCUCGCCAGCCCUCCACCGCCUCCCCGGCAGAGACAGAGGACCAGGCCCGCGGCGGCGGGGGCACCAAGGCUCGCUCCGGUGGGAGCAAGAUCUCCCAAGAGGCCCUAGGCAUUCUGCAAAGCUUCAUCCAGGACGUGGGAAUGUACCCAGACGAGGAGGCCAUCCACACCCUGUCGGCCCAGCUGGACCUGCCCAAGCUCACCAUCAUCAAGUUCUUCCAGAACCAGCGCUUCUACGUCAACCACCCGGCCAAGCUGCCCAAGGAACCCAGCAACAGCAGUAGCAGCAGCCCAGCCUUUGAGGAGGAGCUGUCGGACUUCAGGGAGGGCAGUGCCGAGCUGCUGAAGGAGCUGGAAGAGAGCACACAGACCAACAGCACCAUCUUCUCCAUCAAGAUCGAGGAGCACCUGGCCCGCUCCGAGGCCCUUUCAGAAUCUGACCACGAGACCAAGGAGUAGAGAGAGCGUCCCCCAGUCUGAACACUGCUGAAAGAGUAGUGCGACUGUACACACAGAGACUGAAAUCAAUGCUGAAGGGUAAUGGUCUGGCUAGCGCAGUGCGACCACUGCGAGAGUAAAGAGUAGUGGUUUUAUCAAUGCAGAGUCUGGACUCUAUGCGUACGAGUAGCAUUUAUAUAUCAAUGCAGACUGAAAGGCUACGCAACGCUAGCAUUCUCACACUGGAACCCACCCAUUUCCACAGACUACAGUAAUACGAAUAAGUAUUGCUUUUUCUGAUUUUGUAAAACUUGUAUUAUUCACUGUAAAGACUGAUGCAUCAUUUAAAUAACCUGCACAAAAAAUUAUUCUAAGUAUGUUGCCGUGGAUAUUUGCUGACUGCACUCAAUGUCUGUUGUUUUACACUGAUUUCCUUUCUCUUUGAGCUACUGAUAAUAUAAUAAGAAGCCCCCAUGGAGUUUGAUAGGACUUUGAUAGGUGUUUACGUAUGUGGUGUUAACUGGAUUUUUUUUUAAAUGCAUAUUAAAUCGAGGACCAAGUGGAUGACAAGGCCUUAAUGAUGAGGUGCUAAGUCUGGAAGCCUGCUGGCAAAUGAGUUAUUCUUUGAAAAUGCGGAAAAACAUGACGGUGAUUACGGAUCACUCAAACUCUGGAAUGCAAACCGCACCCCAGGUGCGUCGCCGAGAAUAGCUCAAUCGUUACAUAAUAUUUGUUAGGAAGAAAUAUAAAUAUAUAUAUAGACAUUAUAUUAACUGUAAAAAAAAAUACAAAAAAAUACAGUCUUAAAGAAACUAUGCCAAUAAAUGCCUUGUACUAUAUGGCACUGCCGAUUAGAUUAUUUUGCAAAACCUUUGUCACUGUACUUUCUGAAUCAGCCACACAGUUUAAAAAUGUGAAUCACAAACUGUUUUUUGUUGUCUUCUACAUUAUUUAUUUGCAGUUCAUGCAGUGUUUCUGAUGUAAUUACUUUUUUUGGGAAAGUUUGUUACAUAGCCUUUUUUAUUUUAUUUCAACGAUCCUUUUCUAUUUAUAAAUGUAAUUUUGAUGGGCAGUAAAAACAAAAAGUGUCUUAACGUUUUAAAUGGACAAUGUGCUUUAAAGGUUGCCUAUAAAAGUGCUGUAUGUCAAGCAACUCAUGCUACAAGCUUCACAAUUAAUGUUGUAUGCAAUUUUUACUAUCAUGCAAAUAAGCUUAGGUAAAUUACUAACCUAUAGAACACCUUAGAGAGAAAAACAUAUGCAAUCUGUGUGAAUAUCGAUGUCUGCAAUGUGUCUUCCUUUGGUUAACAAUCCAAUUCAAGCUAUUCCUGUAUAAAUAUCCUGUAUAAAAAAAGUGUUUCUUUUUUAUGAGUUUAUUUCAAUGAGAACACCAGUUAUUUUGUUACAACUGACUGUUUUAUAAGUGUUUCUCGGUUUCUUUAUGCAGAAAUUGUCUAACUAGGAGUGGUUCUUUAUUGUUAAUUACACAAUUAAACUGUUUGUAUUGUACCCCAGAUUCUUGCCAUUCAUGUGACCACUCUACUUGCACCUAUAGAAGAAGAUUUCACUAUUCAACAGUAUGUAACAACAUAUAACGACUUUUCACUCAAAUUAGUUCAUUUUUUAUCCUAAAAAGUGUAAUACUUCUAAGUAUCACAAUUUAUAUUUGUCCUUUUUUUUUAAAUUCUAUGCAAAAGUUAACACUUAACAAUAUGUGCAUAUCCAAUACCUUUGAAAAACACUGUACAUGAGCUCCACUCUUGCAUCUUUUAUCUUGAUACUCUCCUGAGCGUCUGAAGUAGCUGUGAGACCUGAAAAGUAAAUAAAAGUGGGGUGUUAA